GAUACGCUCUGUUCUAGUCUGUCCCAACGCUUCAAAGACCACAAGUUUGUUCCAGAAACUUUUCAAUACAUUAGUUUCACUGGUCUUUCUAUAUAUAUAGACGCAUGAGCCAUUCUAAUUUCUAUCAUCAACCAACAACAAAACAAUCCAAUAACUUUAAAUCUUUCCAUACAUCUCCAAAACUUUCAAAAGAACUCAAACUUUUCAGAGAAAAGACAUAGAAAUGGCUUUGGUGAGAAGUCUAUUGGGUGCAAAGAAGAUUCUUGGCUGCUCAGUCUCAGCAGCUUACACGAGCAAAAGAGCAGCCUCGGCAGCACCGAAAGGGUUUCUUGCGGUGUACGUUGGAGAGAGCCAGAAGAAGAGAUAUGUGGUGCCAAUCUCAUACUUCAACCAGCCUUCUUUUCAAGCGCUUCUCAGUAAAUCUGAGGAAGAGUUUGGGUUUGAUCAUCCGAUGGGUGGCUUAACGAUCCCUUGCCCUGAAGAUAUCUUCAUCAACGUAACAUCUAGGCUCCAAUGAUGAUUAUCAUCUAAUUCUUUUUUUAUUCCUGAGUUAGCAAUAGUCUUAUUCUUUGUAAGCUAUAGGAGCUUUCUCUCAUUUUCUUUCUUCUCGAAAGAGUUGUUUAGAGAGUGAAUGACACAGAUCAAACGAUCAUGUCAAAUAGGGUUUGGAUCGACUGUUAAAGAAAGGCCACAACAUUUGAAUAUAAAUUUGAGAGAAUUGCCUUUUUAUUUU